GGCCAGCUAAGGUAAUCCGCCGUCAACUAGGGGUCUUGUGAGCCUUGUUCGAAGCUCAGUGGUUGCGAUUCCCAAACCACACCUGCCGGUGGACAAGCUCCUGCCGGUCGAGCGUUCCGAACGGCCACACACUGCGUGCACUCGUUCGGACAUUUUUUCUCUUCUUUCUUUUCAUCUCUAUUCUGUGAACCUUGGUUGCUUGCGCCCACCCCAAGACCGCUCAUCAACGCCCCGUUUCUUUCUGUUCGGUUUCCUUUCCCUCACCUGCCGAAGACGCCAUCGAUACCACGAUCCAUCGGAACUCGGGCGCAAUGUGGAAGUCGACGCUGUCGGCCUUGUGGCUGGCCACGCUUACAUGGGGUGCAGUUCAGACUGGGGACGAUAAUGUGAAAAGCAUAGCGCUGAGGACACAUUCACUCGUCCAGCCAUAUCUGGACUCCGACAUGCAAAGUCGGUGGUACGACUUUGGUGGCGACACGAUCAUUCGCACCGACCAGUACAUACGCCUAACCUCGGACCACCAGUCGCAAAGUGGCUGGCUCUUCUCCCGCGUGCCAUUGACAGCGACGAACUGGGAAAUCGAGGUGGAAUUCAAGAUCCAUGGCAAGAACCAGUUGUAUGGCGACGGCUUCGCCAUGUGGCUUACGAAAGAGCGCGGGAAAAUUGGUCCCGUCUUCGGCAGCGCCGACAAGUUCGAAGGCCUGGGCAUCUUCUUCGACACGUACAAGAACAACCGGCCGGGGGUCGUCUUCCCUUACGUCAUGGCCAUGGUCGGCGACGGCAAGACAUCGUACGACAAAGACACGGACGGCAAGGACACCGAGUUCGCCGGUUGCUCGGCCAGGGGCAUUCGGCACGCCAGUGUGCCGACCAAGUUCCGCUUGACCUACUUCCAGGACAAGUACCUCAAGCUGGAGCUACAGUACAAGUCCGAGGGCGAGUGGACGCUGUGCUUCGAGACAGACCAGCCGCCCGUCAUCCCCCCGGUUGCCUACCUCGGCUUCAGCGCCGAGACGGGCGAGCUGAGCGACAACCACGACAUCAUCUCGAUCAACGCCAAGAACCUGUACGCAGCCCCGCCGAGCGGCAAGUCGACUCCUGGCAGCGGCAGGGGCAAGAAGUUGGGCGCCAAGGAGGGCGGCAGCUGGACCUGGUUCUUUAUGAAGGUGUUUUUCUUCUUCGCCGCCGUCGGCGGGGCCUACGUCGGCUACACGGCGUGGAGAGCGAACAGCAAGCGGAGCCACCGCUUCUGAGCGGGUUGGACGGGAUCUGGGGAAAGCCCCUAGAAAGAAUGGGAUUUCUGACGACGAUAACUGGCCAGGAAAAUUCAUGAAAAGAUACCAUACAUAUCAUCCGCCUCUUAGCACGGAAGCCAACCGAUGUGAAGGCGAUCACUCGCUCACUCCCCCAUGCAUGUAUCAAUACCGUUGUCUCGGGAGGUCUUAGGGACGGGGUUUUAGCGUCUCUUCAACAGUGUUGUUUGGGGCCGCGUUACUCAGCAGGCUCACAAGACGGUCAAAGAUGAUGCGAAAGAUGUGGUUUAGCCAUAAUCCUCUACCGAUCUCGCGCCAUACUCAGCGUUGGAGGGGCCCGUUACCCCCGCCUGUUGCCCUCGCAGCCGUCGUGGAACCAAGUGGCCCGGGCUGACUUGGAUCCGCCAGGCGAUGACGAUGCGAGUCACGACAACGUUCAAUAACAGAUCGGCGUUGGCGGCUGAUCCAUGCCCGAUGGAACGGGCCCUACCCCACACCAUUCAGCCCCUCAUCGAUCGAAACCAACGUU